CCAGGGUGAAAGCGACAAGAAAGAUACGGAGACAUUUCCAGUGAUUUUGAAUGGCUUUCUUCCUUUUUCAUUCGAGGAUAGCAAGCUUGACGGCACUUCCGGGUAUAAAAGCUAGAAUUUUUCCUGAUUUGAGAACAAAAUGUGUACUUAUUAGAACAAUAGUGACGAAAACUAAAGGCAAUUCAAGCACGCUCUUAGUUGGUUGGCGGCCUCCAUGGAACCCGAAAUUACUUUCAAACGUGAAAGGGUUUUCCUCAAAAUCCUCAAGUAUAAAAUCAAGAAUGUUAAAAGGGUUUAGAUACUUGUGCUUGGCUGGUGGUGUAGUAUUUUGGUCGUGCGUUGCUGUUUCCUUGACGUUAAGUGCGACCGGUUUGUUAACAUUUGGGAUCGAAGAGGAGACAGUAGAAGUAAAGCACUCGAACCCGCAUAUGGCAAAACACAUAGCGUCCAUGUUUCAGUUAUGUGACGAUCCCGAAGACUUAUCAGAUUCCUUGGCUCUUAUGGAAGAGAAAAGAGAUGAAUACGCCUUGAAGAGAGCAGCUUAUAACUCGACCUGGAAAAGGCUGUCCAAUGAGGAGGGCUUCCGAACAAAGUUUGGAGAGGAGGUGCUUGUGAUAGGGUAUAACCGCCAGGAAAUCUCUCUAAUUGAAGCACGUGACGGAACAGAAAAAGGCAAUAUUCAUAGAAAUGAAGACAAAUGGAAAGUGUGUGUUUUCAUUGUUGGCUCAAAAUUAUCUGGUCUGGUGACGAUGGAAUUUCAUAAAGUGACAAAGGGUGAAAUCAAGUGGAUCCCUGUGUCACUUUCGGUGGAAGAAAUUCCGAGAUCAGGAAUUAAGAUUUGUGAUAUAUCUGCUCCCCUUCCAAAUGGUGUCUCAAAAUUUACCCGAUUCAUGAAUGACGACUAGUGACUCCUAUUUCUCUGUAUUUUUUUUUGACAGACUGCAGGUUAGGAAAGGGAUAAUGGACAAAAAAAACAUGUGAACAAUGGUGCUGGAGUUUAUUUUGAUAACUCCCUGGUGGGGUCCAAUCUUUUGUUUUUGUGUUCACAUGGCCCAGCAGCUCAAUUCCAAAGGAAAGGAGGUGUUUUUGUCAUUUAGAAACUGCUGAUUUGUGAACCUGUAAAUUUGACUUGGAUUCAGAUAUGCUUCAGAUUAGGAGUUGACUUGGUAAUUCAUAUCAAAUUGGGGCAUGCAAAGCUACUUACUGCAUAACUAGGAAAUACCAUGGACUGUGCACUUCUGAAGGCAAACAAUUUUGGCUUGUAUAACAACUGGUAUAUUAACUUAUGACACCUUAGGCGGGCAAGGAAUUACACCACUUCAAGUAAGGGAUUUCAAUUGUAAGAAAAUUUUGAGCUGUCACUCAUUAUAACAAUGAUUUCAGCCCUA